CCGCAUAUAUCGUGAAAGCAUAUUACUCCUGGCCUGCCCGACUCUAUGCGCUCUGCUCCAGCCUUCGCUCUCGCUGUAUGCGUGGGCCUGCUCCCGGUCCAAGCCCGCCUCCUCUAUUCAGGCCCAGAGGAUGUCCAUGCGUUUCCGAAACACCGCGUGACUUUCCUCAAUAACCUUCCCGUCUUGAACGAAACCGCCCAACGGUGGUUACGCGACGGCUUACGAGGGGGUGCAAGAGAGUUCCUGGACGAAACAUGGAAUGAUGAUGCCUCUUGGCAUACAGUGCCAUCCCUCAAAGAAAUCGGUAGUGGCGAUAUACACGGCGCUGCUGAAUCGUCUAAACCAUUCGAUGCACCCGCUUCGGGAUACAUGCUAGAGCACAUGAAAUUGGGACCGCAAAAUUCUUUCCUAUGCCUCGUUCCGCCCACACGUGAUAUUCCACAACCAGCGUCAGAAAAUUCUGAUUUAGAUGCGACACUUGGACAAAGUUGGUCUUUAUUACAACCUUUAUCCGGAAAGUGCCUAUAUCACAGACAAACGUGGUUCACGUAUUCUUACUGUCACAAUCAGGAAAUUCGACAGUUCCGUGAACUACCUCACGCACACCCCCAUCCCCCAGGAGGUUACGAACCAGCAGAAGAUCCUGAAUGGGAAUCAUAUACUCUUGGCCGCGCUCCUCCGCCACCAGAAUCAAGCCCCGAGCUGACAUUUGCCGAACAAGAUGCUCAGGUGGCCAACUUAGAGGUCGCCCGGGGACCUAGCUCACGCUACCUCGUUCAACGGUGGGGGGAUGGAACUCCUUGCGAUAAGACUGGAAAACCACGCGAAGUGGAAGUACAGUUUCACUGUUCGAUGACAAUGACAGACUCUAUUCUUCUUGUGCGAGAGGCUAAGACGUGCUCGUAUGUCCUCGUGGUACAGACACCCAAAUUGUGUGGACAGCCUGGUUUCAAAUCGCGCCUCGACACGCGUGAAGAAGCUUUCAUCCGUUGCCGCGAAAUUAUAGAUCCUCCCUCAGACAAAUCGUCUGAGGAACCGCCCCAAACCGAAUUGGCGGAUUUCCAUCAACAGCCUUUACAGACGCCUACUGAUACACUAAACGAGUCCAGCCGGCCGUUGCAUCUCACAUCGCGCCGAUCACCUUUUACUCUGCCCGUUCAAGAUCAUGUGCAAGGCUACACUACCCUUGGCAGCGGGGAAGGCUCCAACAAAAAGGGCAAUGCAUAUGACGAGAUGCUAAAGCGUACGCUUGAGGCCAUCUUGAGCAGUCCAGAAUUACAAGCAUUGAGCGGUGAAAAUCCGCAAGUAUUCAUUGAGCGCACAGGGGAGAAUGGCGAAUUUGUACUCGAGAUCGUUGAGGAGAUUCCUUUGGACGAAUUUGCGGAGGCGGGUGAUGCGAAUGUCAGAGAGGGAGAGCUGGACAUCGCACACCUCGCAGAUGUGCUCAGGAAAGCAGGAAUCGAGGUAAAGGGCGGGAAGGAAAAGGACUCUGCGUCAAAGGCAAAGUCCAAAAGGGUUCAAGAGGAAGAGGGGGAGAAAGAGGACGAAUCUCGACAGGGUAAAGACGAGUUGUAACUUUUAUUGAGUUUUGCAAUCUCAUUUGUUUAUCGUAUGGGAU